UGAAAUGAUAGUACCCUCGGAGUUUACACUGCUGGGUCUCUUGCUGUGAUUUCGAAGAAAAUGUUGAAGGCCUUCUGUCGCAUAAACGCUCCGUCUUUGGGUCGGAGAAAGGACGCGUUCAACACUUUCGAUUUUUUAGCUAAAUUUCACCGGCCCAGUGGUGCAGUAUAUCAGAAGUCUGCUGUAAAAUACCCACCCUCUGAUCUUCCACAGAUGCCCCCAUGUGACUUUAAACCAGAGGAGUACAAGGACAUGUCCAAGGACCAAAUGCUGGAGAUUCGGAAGAGCUUCUGCAACCCUAUGACCAUGAAGGUCACUUACUACAAAAAACCUGUCUACAUCCAUCAGGGCUACAUGCAGUGGCUGUGGGACGUAGAUGGGCGACGCUACCUUGAUCUUUUUGCAGGGAUAGUGACAGUCAGCGUAGGACACUGUCACCCACGGGUGACAGAUGCUGCUGUGAAACAGCUGAGACGACUGUGGCACACAACCAAUAUCUAUGUUUAUCCUCCCCUCCACGAAUAUGCAGAGAAGCUCGCAGCUCAUCUCCCUGAUCCACUAAAGGUUGUGUACUUCACAAACAGCGGCUCUGAGGCCAACGACCUGGCCAUGCUCAUGGCACGGCUCCACACGGGAAACUUUGACAUCCUUACCCUCGGAGGGUCAUACCAUGGUGGCAGUCCCCUGGCAAUGGGUCUGACUUCAAACGCAGCCUAUAAGUAUCCCAUUGCCUCUGGAUUGGGAUGCCAUACUACCAUGUGUCCUGAUGUUUUCCGAGGCCCUUGGGGAGGCAGUCACUGUAGAGAUUCUCCUGUCCAGACCAUCCGAGACUGCAGCUGUUCCCCAGGUUGUUGCCAAGCCAACGACAUGUAUAUUGGGCAACUGAAAGAAGUAUUUGCAACCAGCGUCCCAAGUCGCAUCGCUGGGUUCUUCGGAGAGCCUAUUCAGGGGGUGGGAGGAGCUGUGCAGUACCCUAAAAACUACCUGAAGGAGACCUACAAACUUGUGAGAGAGAGAGGAGGAGUGUGCAUUGCGGAUGAGGUUCAAACUGGAUUUGGACGCACAGGAAGCCAUUUCUGGGGAUUCCAAGGUCAUGGGGUUAUGCCAGAUAUUGUUACCAUGGCGAAAGGGAUCGCUAAUGGGUACCCUAUGGGCGCUGUUGUUACCACGCCAGAGAUUGCCAACUCCUUUGCCAAGGGUGUCCACUUCAACACUUUUGGUGGCAACCCUGUGGCUUGUGCCAUUGCAUCCUCUGUGCUUGAUACACUAAAAGAAGACGGCACACAGCAAAACAGUGCCGAUGUCGGGACGUAUUUGAUGACAGAGCUGGCCAAACUGCGGGAUAAGUAUGAGAUUAUCGGUGACGUCCGUGGGAAGGGACUGCAUAUUGGCGUAGAGAUGGUCAAAGACAAGGUGAGCCGGCAACCCCUGCCGGCUGAAGCCAUGAGCCAGAUCUUCGAAGACACCAAAGACAUGGGCGUGCUCAUCGGGAAGGGCGGAGUGUAUGGACAGACCUUCCGGAUUCAGCCCCCUAUGUGCAUCACCAAGGAGGAUGCCGACUUCUUCCUAGCAGUUUUUCGCCACGCAGUGCACAACUAUAUGGAGCGGAGAUAACAGAGAUCAUUCCGGGGCUGCCAGACAGCUCUCACAGAAGAAUUAUCCUGUGCCAGGACACCGAUUGUGGCCCAGUAGUGCCAAAUCUCACAUGUCUAGCUCUCACUACCAUCUCUCAAGAUGGUGAAUGAUAUUUAUGCACCCAAAACAUGAGGCACUCAUGCUAUGGUCUUAAUUACUUUAAAUGUGUGUGUCAUACAUCUGCAUGUUAGAAGUAAAUACUGAUCAAAUGUGAUGACUGCAAAAAAAGAAUUACUCGACAAAAACUAAGACAAAGAGCAAAUCCUUUUCUGACAAGCUACUAAAAUGGCAGGACACAUGUUAUGGAUCUUGUGUCUUUGUAUUGUAAAAUAAUUGUAUUAUAGGAUGCUUAAUUUGUCAUGUAAUUGUGUAAAUAUAUAGUUUACAUAAUAUAAGCUAUGCAAGCACAUUCUGGGACAUGUAUUAACAAGUGAUGCUGCUAUGAAAAGGGACUAAGACAGAAUAAA